AUGACCUCAAAGAUAGGUGACAUACUCAACUCAAUCACAUACUGGGUGAUAAGACUUUUUGCAAAAUUAAUAUUUCACGUAUUCUAUCGAGACCAUGGUGCACUAUGUGCGGAACGUUUUCCAAAAGACGACGGUACACCUUUACUGCUAGUAGCUGCCCCACACGGAAAUUUUUUAAUGGACGCAAUAACCAUUUUUGUCACUUGUCCCAGGAACCAUUACUUUCUGAGUGCAAAGUCAAAUUUCAAUUAUCCGAUAUUUGGUUCAUUAAUCACGCUGUUAGGUGCUAUCCCGGUCACUAGGCCACAAGAUGUGGAAAGAGUUAACGGUGACGGGUUGGUUAAAGUACUCGAGGAAGGGAAAAUUGUCGAAGGUGAGAAUUUGGGAAAGACUGUGCAAGUUGGUGAUUCCUUAUAUGUGGAAUUUGAAGGUCCUGAUGAUAAAGAUGAUAUGUUGAAGGAGGCUUGUGGUACCGUGGAAGAGAUUCUUAACGAGCAUAGGGUUCGUAUUAAGGAGCCGGGGAUGAAAUGGUUGACAAAAGGAAGACGGAAGAAUAAAUUGAGACGUUUAGUGGCGUCUGGAAGUUUGGUCAUACGUGUUGAACGAGGAAAUACAUUAAGAACACUUGAAGGUUUAAAUUUAAUUCCAAAAGCAAUCAGUAAAGGAAUUGAUCGAUUAUCCACAUCUCCUGGUAGAAUAGCAUUUCCAAUUCAAGAUUCUUCCGAUUCUAUCGGUAUACAAUCUCCACCUAAAUGGGCACACGCCAAUGAGAGAACUCCCUUAUUGAUAGGAGGUGGUGCCGGUGGUAGCAGCAGCAGCAGUAGUCAAAGAUCACAACAUGCACGUCAACUCUCCAAUAGUAGCAUCGCUAGUAAUAGACAACCACCAACACCAAAUUUUCCAUCCGUUCCAAGUAUCCCGACAACAUUCUCCUACACUCAUAUGCCUCCUCAUUCCGAAGUAUAUUCUGCAGUCUAUAACAUAUUCAAGAGAUCACGUUGUGUUGCCAUUUUUCCCGAGGGUGCAUCGCAUGACAAUGAUCACAUGCUGUCAUUGAAAUAUGGUUGUGCUGUGAUGGCAUUGGGUUAUUUAGCUUCGAAGGAACCGGAUUCUUUUGGAAAUAAGAGAACUUUGAAAAUUGUUCCGUGUGGCGUGAAUUUCUUUAAUCGUCAUCGAUUCAGAAGUCGUGUUUUUGUUGACGUGGGAAAUACGAUUGAGGUAGAAGAGAGAUUGGUGGAGAUGUACAGGCAAGGUGGCAGUGCCAAAAGAAAAGCUUGUCAAGAAUUACUGAAGACAAUUCACUCUGCCUUGUUGGAAUUAACUGUGAAUGCACCGGAUUAUGAUACAUUAUUAUUUUUCAAAACAGCUUCGAGAAUGUAUCGAGAUAAAUUACCCAAUGUUUUAGAUUUCGCUGAAAAAUUAGCACUCUUACGUAGAAUAGCUAAAAAAUAUUUAUCAACUACACCGCCUACCGAUGAGGCUCGACGAUUAAAACGAGACAUCGUGCAAUAUGCACAAACCCUUCGUUCGAAACGGCUUUCACCGCCACACAUGCACACUUCACCCCUCUCUCUGUUCUUUUACCUACCAUUAUUCUUAUUCCUCUUUUUGUUAAUGACUCCUGGCUUCAUAUUAUUCGCGCCGAUUGGAUUUGUUGCAUAUUACGUUGGCAAAAAACAAGGCGAAAAUGCCAUGUUAUACGACGAUAAUUCACUAGCAAUCACACGAUGGCCAGGUCGAGAUGUAAUAGCCACAUGGAAAAUGUUAGUCGGUACCGCGCUUUUUAUCACCUUCGACAUCACAUAUACCGCUCUCCUUGUUCCCUACAUCCACAAAUUUGGAAUAGUUGAUUUACACGGGUCACGAGAAUAUGCACUUGCUGUUGUGCUUUGCCUCUUGGUGGUGUGGCCAUUGAUUGCCUAUGGAACAAUUUUGACUUGGGAGCGAAUGUGUUGGGUCGGUAAGCAUGUCUGGGUCGGGCUUUGGGGCGCUGCUAGGCCGAGACAACGACGUGAUUUCUUGCUGUGGCGUGAGCAAUUAUCGCAGAGAGUUGUUAGAUGGGUUGAUGGUACCACCGUUGCACCUUGA